CAUAUAUCUACGCCCUACGCAUGUUGAAUGCAUGAAGAGUCAUGAAGUAUGAGUGCUGCACUAGCUAAUGAGUCAUUUCUUUUGUGUGCCAACAUCAUGAGAUGUGAGUUUUGUGCGUUUGAGAUCAGCCUCGGAAGGGCGGCACAGCUUGAAUGUAUCUCCUGAACACACCUGGAACGCUCUCAGCUCAAGUCCAGAGGUGCUCAAGAACUUCCGCCUUCUCAGUUUCGUCCAAGAUGGCCCAGGUGAUUGGAAUGGCUGCGCCGGAUAUGGCCUUGGAGGUGUUUGUCUCCGGAGAAAAGAGCACAUCAAAUCUUUUGGCUUUGCGGAAGUCAGGACAGGCCAUGAUUGUAGAUUUCUUCGCACCUUGGUGCAAAGCUUGCCCCAAGGCUGCCCAACAUCUCGAUCAGUUGGCAGAAACCUAUUCAGACCGUUGCCAGUUUGUCUUGAUUUGCGUUGAUGGCUCUUUGGAUGAUGCGAUCGCCUUUGCCAAGCUGCACUCCAUCCAUCGUUGCGUGAUGGCAUCAUUAGUGGAUGAGGACUCACCCGAGAGCUAUCAAGUCUCAGGUCUUCCACACCACACACUGAUUGCACCUGAUGGCCUUGUGGCGCGAAACUACGAGGUGACACUUCCAGGAGACUUAGAUGAGGUUCUGAAGCCAUGUCAGAUCCCCAACUCCGAUGACCUGGCACGCACCGUGCCGAAGAAGAGCUCCAUCUCUGACCAGUACAAGGAUCUGGAGAAGAAUGAUCCCCUCCUCAAGGAGAACCCACGUCGCUGGGUGAUGUUUCCCCUUCAGUACCCGGAGGUCUGGGAGAUGUACAAGAAGCACGAAGCGUCCUUUUGGACUGCUGAGGAGAUUGACCUGGCACAGGACAACAAGGACUGGAAUGGUCUCAAUGAGGGUGAACAGCACUUUGUGAAACACGUGCUGGCAUUUUUUGCCGCGAGUGAUGGCAUUGUGCUGGAGAAUCUGGCAACGCAGUUUUCAUCUGAGGUGCAAAUCCCCGAAGCAAGGGCAUUUUAUGGCUUUCAGAUUGCGAUGGAAAACAUCCACUCCGAGACCUACUCGCUUCUCAUUGAGCAAUACAUCAAAGACCCCAAGGAGAAGGAUGAUUUGUUCGACGCCAUCCACACGAUGCCAGCAGUUUGUGAGAAGGCUAGCUGGGCCAUCCAAUGGAUGAACCGCGAGAGCAGCUUUGCCGAGCGCCUGGUGGCAUUUGCUGCUGUGGAGGGCGUGCUUUUCAGCGGCUCCUUCUGUGCGAUUUUUUGGUUGAAGAAGCGCGGUUUGAUGCCUGGCCUGACCUUCUCUAAUGAGCUCAUCUCUCGUGAUGAGGGAUUGCAUGCGGAUUUUGCAUGCUUGCUCUACGGCAUGCUUCAGAACAGGCUGCCAGAAGAGGUGGUACACGACAUCAUCAGGGGUGCAGUGGAGGUUGAGCGAAAGUUCAUUUGCGAUGCCCUCUCUUGUGAUCUCAUUGGCAUGAACAAGGAUUUGAUGACACAGUACAUUGAGUUUGUGGCAGAUCGACUUCUGACAGCCUUGGGCCACAGCAAAAUCUUUGGCUCAUCCAACCCUUUUGACUUCAUGGAGUUGAUCUCUCUCCAGGGCAAGACCAACUUCUUCGAGAAGCGGGUUGGCGAGUAUCAGAAGGCUGGGGUCAUGGCUGGUAAGGAAGAGCAAGGAUUGAAUGCAUUUACUUUGGAUGCAGAUUUCUGAGUCUGCAAAGACAGACACGGGGUGUUUGUGGGGCCAAUCGUAGAUUGGAUUUGGGCACUUCGAAAGGCCAAGUGGCUUAUGCAGUGCUUUCGGGGGCACAGCGGGCUUACCAUUGUUGGUAAGCCAGAGUUCCUUUGAUCACGGGCAACGCAGCCGAGUGCUGCCCCGUGCAGAAAAAA